UACUAAGCUUACUAACCUUCUAUACUCUUAUCUUUCCAGCAACCUUGACACAGAAGAGCUCUGCGAAUAUUUUUCCCAGCACUUAGGAGAGUAUGAAAAUGUUCUAUCAGUCUUGGAAGACUUAAACGUAACCAUACUGAAGGCAAUGGACAAAACAAAGAAAGACUAUCAGGAAGCUUCUAAUUUGGAGCAGUUUGUGACUCGCUUUCUUUUGAAGGAAACACUGAACCAGCUUCAGUCCCUCCAGAGCUCCCUGGAGUGUGCCAUGGAAACCACAGAGGAGCAGACUCGGCAGGAGAGACAAAAUCCAACAAAACCAGAAGUGCUCUCAAUUCAAUGGCCAGGAAAGCUCUCAUCUCGAAGGCUGCAGAGGAAUAACAGCCUGUCACCAAACAGCCCUCGUUUUAGCACAGGUUGGAUGGAGGAAAACAGCCAGUGGAUGACCCAGAUAAACAGACUCCAAAACCUGAUUGACAGGCUGGAAAAAAAGGACCUAAAGCUUGAGCCAUUUGAAGAGGAAGUUUUGGAAGAAAAUGCAAGAUCUCACAUAAUGAUUGUUCAACGUCAAAUGUCUGUGAUAGAAGAAGAAAUUGAGGAAUUCCGGCUUGCUCUGAAGCAGUAUGUAGAAUCUGCUUCUACUCAGGGUGGCUGCUUGCAUGUUUCCAUACAGAAGCUUCCAAGUGAUUCCCGCUUCAUUGUUUAUGAGUUCUGGGAGAACAGCAAUGCCUGGAAUAGACACCUUCAAAUGAAUUACAGCAAGACAUUCCAAAGAAGUAACGUGGACUUCUUGGAAACUCCAGAGCUCGUGACAACAAUGCUAGUCCCUGCAUCAUGGUGGGUCCUCAAUAACAACUAG